GGCAUCUGCCACACCUGCGGGGAAAAGGUGACUGGAGCUGGACAGGCCUGCCAGGCGAUGGGCAACCUCUAUCACACCAACUGCUUCAUCUGCUGUUCCUGCGGUCGAGCGUUGAGAGGCAAAGCUUUUUACAAUGUUCAUGGCAAAGUGUAUUGUGAAGAGGAUUAUUUGUACUCUGGAUUUCAACAAACGGCGGAAAAAUGUGCGGUGUGUGGACACCUAAUCAUGGACAUGAUCCUGCAGGCCAUGGGCAAGUCCUACCACCCGGGUUGCUUCCGCUGCUGCAUCUGUAACGAGUGCCUCGAUGGAGUCCCCUUCACCAUCGACAUGGACAACAAGAUCUACUGCGUCAACGACUACCACAAGAUGUUUGCUCCAAAAUGUGCUUCCUGUGGCCAAGCCAUCACACCAGUCGAAGGCACGGAUGAGACGGUACGAGUUGUAUCAAUGGAUCGUGAUUUUCAUGUGGAUUGCUACGUGUGUGAGGACUGUGGGCUGCAGUUGACCGACGAGCCCGACAAACGCUGCUACCCCCUGGACUGCAGGCUUCUCUGCCAGGACUGUCACCUGCGCAGGCUGGAAGUGGGCUCCUCCCUCGACCUAUCCUGAUCCUUGAAGUUGAAUCUGCGGACUUCGAAGGAAUACGGCGCCUUUUGUUUUGUUUGUGCUCGCCGUGGUAAAAAUACAG